AUGCAAUAUGCAAAUGUAGUUAAUCCAUCACCACAGUAUUCAGUAUUCGCCGGUAACGAUUACAAUAGACAAAAUCAAUUGUAUGGUCAACAACAGAAUAACAAUGGUUAUUUACAUGGCAAUGGCAAUGGUAUUUAUGGGAACCAAAACUGGUUUCAGUCUAACAAUUCAUCAAACGGUGCGUUAGUUGAAGUGCGAUUGCAAGCAUACAGCAAUCCGUUGUUGAGUCUUCCUAACGAUAAGACCUGUGCUUGUCCACAAGGGAAAAGUUGCCCUUUCUUGCAACCUGGUGUUCCAAGCUGUUUAUUUUCAUUCAUAAUCAUCAUGUCUGCACCUGACCAGUCAGUGCAAUACAUAGCAAGUGAAUUUGUGCCGAUGGCUAGUGGAUCAAUUAAUAGCGGAAAUUGGACUCAACCUCAUGUUUUAAAUAUGACCAGCAAACCGAUGGCUGUCGAUGUACUUGUCCACCAUCUUGGUGUUGUUAUUGACCAAUUGACAGCACAACUCGAAUUCUAUAAUUCUCUUGUGCAUGUCGAUACAUUCGUUGAAUCUUUGGCUGAUUAUUCUACUACAACUGAAGGUUCUACCCCAGUGAUGGUGACAAGAAGAAAACAAGGACUUUUACAAGGAACUACUAAUUUUAAAUGUCCCUUUGAUUCUAGACUUCAAUUGUCCUACAGUGUGCAAUGUAUUGGUGAUAAAGUUGGUCCGAAUUGUGAUUUAUUAUGUAUCCCCUCUGGAGUAGAUCCACUUUAUGCAGCAUGUAAAUCGGUGCUUAGUGGUGUUAUGAGUUCAUGUCACUAUGCCGGGAAGCAGGUAAAUUUUUACUUGAGUUUGUUGGUCAAGAUUUUUAAUUCGAAUUUGAAUGGCGUCUCAUCGGCUUAUCGUAUCUGGACAAUUGUUUUAGGCUGCCUUUUGGGCAUUUCCAUCUUAUUUAUCAUCAUUCUUGUUAUGUUCUUUAUAAUGGUAGAAGGUGGAAAUUUUCGCCAAAAUUCUAAUACACGUCGCUAUCGAGCAGAUUCGUACAUUAAACGAUCAAUUCAACCUUUAAUAUCAAAAGAUGAUGAAUGGAAUCGCAGUGAAACUCGAGUUACAAGUAUAAUAAGUCCAAAUCGAAGGGUGCUAGCAACAACUGAACGCGAAACUAGUCGGACGAAUGAUGUUCGUUUAUUUUAUAGACUUUAA